AGCGGGAGGCGGCCGCACGGAUCCCGGAGCUGCGGCGCCGCUGGGGCGCGGUCCGUCUUCUCCCGCGGAGCCGGGCGCGCGGCCGCGAUGAGCUGGGACUUGUUGCUCUGGCUACUGGCGCUGUGCGCGCUGCUCGCGUUGGUGGUGCAGCUGCUGCGCUUCCUGCGGGCCGAUGGCGACCUGACCCUGCUGUGGGCCGAGUGGCAGGGCCGACGUCCAGAAUGGGAGCUGACGGACAUGGUGGUGUGGGUGACUGGCGCAUCCAGUGGUAUUGGUGAGGAGCUGGCUUACCAGCUGUCGAAACUAGGAGUUUCUCUGGUGCUCUCUGCCAGGAGAGAGCAUGAGCUGGAAAGGGUGAAAAGAAGAUGCCUUGAGAAUGGCAAUUUAAAAGGAAAAGACAUACUUGUUUUGCCCUUUGACCUGGCUGACAUAAGUUCACAUGAAGUGGCGACCAAAGCGGUUCUGCAGGAGUUUGGUAAAAUCGACAUUCUGGUCAACAAUGGUGGAAGAUCCCAGCGUUCUCUGUGUGUGGAAGCCAGCAUGGACGUCUACAAGGAGCUGAUAGAGCUUAACUACUUAGGAACCGUGUCCUUGACAAAGUGUGUUCUGCCUCACAUGAUCGAGAGGAAGCAAGGAAAGAUUGUAACUGUGAAUAGCAUCAUGGGUAUCAUGGCUGCGCCCCUUUCCAGUGGAUAUUGUGCAAGCAAACAUGCUCUUCGGGGCUUUUUUAAUGGCCUCCGAACCGAACUUGCCACGUACCCAGGUAUAGUAGUUUCUAACAUUUACCCAGGACCAGUGCAAUCAAAUAUUGUGAAGAACUCCCUACGUAAUGAUACCACACAGGCUAUGCAUAGUGAUGCAGACCAGUCCUACAAGAUGGCAACCAGUCGGUGCGUGCGGCUGAUAUUAAUCUGCAUGGCCAAUGACUUGAAAGAAGUUUGGAUUUCGGAUCAACCUUUUUUGGCAAUGGCGUAUUUGUGGCAGUAUAUGCCAACCUGGGCCUUGUGGGUAACAAACAAAUUAGGGAAGAAAAGGAUUGAGAACUUUAAGAAGGGUCUGGAUGCAGAUGCUUCUUAUUUUAAAAUCUGGAAGACAAAACAUGACUGACAGAGUACUUGCAUUUUCAAGCCACUGGAGGGAGAAAUGGAAACCAUGAAAACAGCCAUUUUCUUGUGCACAGAAGACUAACUUGUGAUUUUACUUCUUAAUACAUACAACUUCCCUUCCAACAUGUAAUAAACAACAAAUAAAAGAUUAUUAUGACACUUGCAAUAAAGAUGGUAAUACGUACUACA